GGUUGAGGAUGACCUGAGUGAAGGCGAGAGCAUUAGGAGUGAAAAAGAAGUAAAUUUAGUGAAAAAUAAUUAUAGGUGUUGUGUUAAAAAAGUGUGCACAACUCAAGUGUGUAUGAAUUGUGGGGGCUUAUACCAUAAUUCGUGCGCGAAGAAGAAAAAUAUAAAAAUUAUCAAUGAGAGAUACGUCGAGUGCUGUGAUGAAGUCCAGGAUGGGAGGCGGAAUCUGAAUAGAGAGGAAAUAUUGGAGUUGAAAAUCGAACAUCUGAGUAAGCUCCUUGUGGAAUCCAAUGAGAAAAAUGAAAUAUUGAAGGAAAAUAAUAGCAUUCUAAAAGAAAACAAUAAAUUAUUGAAACAAAGGUUAGAUGACAUGGAGAAAAAAUAUGCUGAAAAAACUGAUAAUGAGCGUAAACAGUACUCUGAUAUACUGAAAACUGAUCGGAUAGGAGAUAAGAUAACAAACAAGACUUCUGACAGCAAGAUAGUUCCAAGAGUAGUAGUUCAGAUGCAUGAGGACGCCGAGGUUGACAGGCGACAUCUGAUAGAUGACACUAAUUUCAAAUUCAAAGCAAGACAACAACAACAAAGUAAAUUCACGUCAACAUCAAAGAAUCAGGGCAAUAAAGAAAUACAUAUCAGAAAUAUUAAUAAUGAAACAUCAUACAAUCACGACGGUUUUGAAAGAGUUCAACGCAGAAGACCUAAAUCUAGACGACUUGGCACAACGAGAGUCUCCGAAGAAGAGGAAAAAACAGGUUUUGUUGGAGCUGAAAGAAGAGCAUGGAUAUAUCUUUAUAGAAUAAAACGACAUGUUAAAGCUCAACAAGUAGAAGAAUAUGUGAAGAAAAACCCGGCUUUCACCAAUGAAAAGGUCGAAGUGAAAGAGUUACCAAGUGAACCAACUCAGUUGAAAUGUUUUGUUUUGACGGCACCGCUUGAGAAAAAAAAUCAACUGUACGAUCCUUCGUUUUGGCCACAAAAUGUGGGAGUGAAGAGAUUCAAUUUCGGACACUUCCAAAAAUAUAAACCAAGUGAGGAUUUUUUAUAGAUAAUAAAUCAUAUCAGAGGGACCCACAGAAGCAUGUGAAGAACAACCAUGAAUACUCUAAUAAGAACACUGGAGGUCAAGAAAUCAAAUCACUCAGAUUGGUAUUCAAGGCUUCAGACUAAUGUCCUGUUUUUGCAGAGAGGAGGGAAAGCAUGGAGGAUCAGCCAUUUACAUCAAAGAUUCUAUAGUAUGUAGAGAAUACAAAAAUACAAAUAAGCUAUCCAUACUUGGAGAAUUUGAAUGUUGUGCUGUUGAGUGUUCUCUGAAAAAGAUUAACAUUAUUGUCCUAUGCAUCUAUCGACCACCGGGCGGUUCAAUUGAGGUAUUUUUUAACCAGCUAGAGAAUAUUCUUUCCAACCAGAUAAACCUUGAAAGUACUAUUUUUAUAACAGGGGAUUUCAACAUUGAAAUGCUGGACGAAAAUAGAAAUAAGCUCAGACUGGCUACAAUGCUCAAUUUCUACUCCAUCAGAACAACUGUUGUUAACUACACCAGAGUAACUGAGCAAACUAAAAGCUGCUUAGAUAACAUAUGUACAAACCUACAUAAUGGACACACAUCGGUAAUUCUUGCAUCACAUGUAUCUGAUCACUUUGGGCAGAAAUUUGUGUUCAAUAUAGACAAAAAUGAUGAAAGGAAAUUUGUUCGCAAAAGAUUUCUCUUCGAUGAAGCAAAUAGAAUUAACUUUGUAGACCAACUGAAACAACAAACAUGGGAGGACAUACUUGUAAUCGAUAGGAAGGAUGUGAAUGAGCAGUGGAAAACUUUUAUCAAUGUCUAUUUGAACAUAUUCAACCAAAGCUUUCCACUUACCAGAAUUCAUUCCAAUAACAACAAGAAAUACAAGAAGAGUGAACGUGCUGAGGAAAUCAAACAUCAAUUAGAUAUUUUACUAGUACUUUUGACUGAUAACCCAUCUCUCAAGGAGCAAUACAAAAACAUGAAAAAGUAUUAUGACAGCAUAUUGAAAGAGGACAAAAAGAAAUAUCUUCAGGAUAGAAUAAUGAAAUCAGAUUGCAAAAUGAGAUCCAUGUGGACCAUAUGUGGAGAGUUAACAGGGAAAAAUAAACACAGAGAAAAUAACAUCGAUGAAGAUCCAAAAUCAUUGCCAGACAAAUUUAACAUACACUUGAUUGAAGCAGUCCAAAAACUAGUAGAUGAAGUGCAUCAUCAGAAUUUCUUCUGUGAUAUAGAAGAGAAUGAUCAGUCGCUGUUCUUGAGACCUGUAAAUACUGGGGAACUAGUUAACCUGUGUUCCAGACUGAAGAACAAACAUUCCAGCGGAUAUGAUGACAUUCCAACCAGUAUUGUCAAACUUUCACUUGUACAGAUAGCAUCAGUAUUGUGUUACAUCAUCAACAACUCCAUGAAAUUUGGGAAAUUCCCUGAUCAGUUGAAAUUUGCCCUCAUAAAACCCAUAUAUAAGAAGGGAGACCGUAAUAGUCUUGAUAGUUAUAGGCCAAUCAGCUUGCUGCCCUCAUUCUCCAAAAUUUUCGAACUGGUAAUGUGCACAAGAUUGUUGGAUUUCUUCAAAAAAUGUAAUCUGUUUUUGGACUCGCAACAUGGUUUCCUGAAAGGUAAAUCUACAAAUACUGCCAUCUAUCAUUUUGUAAAUAUGAUACUCCAGGAAUUUGAGAAGAAGAAUUUAGCAAUUGGUGUGUUUUUAGAUCUUAGCAAGGCCUAUGAUUGUGUGAACCUCAAAUAUUUACUAAUAAAACUUGAAAAAUAUGGCAUAAGAGGAAAAGCAUAUAAGUGGAUUGAAUCUUAUCUUCUAGACAGAAAACAGCAAGUCAUCAUUAAUGAAAACAAAUCCAAUAUUGCAAUUAAAGAAAGAGGUCUAGCGCAGGGCAGUAACGCAGGUCCUAUUUUUUUCAUCAUCUAUAUUAAUGACCUUAUUAUGGAUGGACUGGUGAACUAUGUGGAUGACACCAACAUAUUGGUAUCUGGAAGGACCCUCCCGGAGGCAGUUGAUAAGGCGUAUGACAGUUCAUCUAGAAUCUGUGAUUGGUUCAACAGGAAUGAGUUGGCACUGAAUUCGUCGAAGACAAACAUUAUGGUAUUCAGAACAAAGAACUCCCGAGUUACUCCAACUGGCACCAUAAACCUGAAUGGCAAUGAAGUGAAACCUGUUCAUGAUAUGAGAUUUCUUGGAAUACAUAUUGAUGAAUUUUUAGAUUGGAACAGUCAUGUGGAAAAAACUGGGCUGAGAUUGAGUAGCAUUGGAUAUGGAAUCAGAGUGGUAUCCAGACAUAUGGAUGAGAGGACAUUGAAAAUACUGUACCACGCCAACUUUGAAUCAGUACUGAGAUAUGGGAUUGUGUUUUGGGGAUGCAGCUCCAGCAUUCAACUCCUUUUCAUUAUACAAAAAAGAACCAUAAGAUCAAUCAGGCAUAUGAAAUUUGGAGCCACCUGCAGGGGUGUUUUCAGGGAUAUGCAGAUUAUGACUAUAUAUGGGUUGUAUAUAUUUGAGUGUCUGAUGUUCUUUUUCAGGCACCAAGUUGAAUUCAGCUCUAACUUUGGUCAUGGCUAUAAUACAAGGACGACGAAUUUCAUUUACCCUUCUCAUAGGCUUACAAGUACAGAAAAAGGAACCUACUAUAUGUGCAUAAAACUAUAUAAUAAAUUACCAUCUACAUGCAGAUUAUCUAGCUUAAUAAAAUUCAAGAAUGCCAUAAAGAAACUGCUAAUUAAACUGGAACCAUAUUCACUUAGAGAUUUUCUAGAUUGUAACAACUUGUCAGAGUUUGUAUAGAUUGUAUAUAUUGUUGUUGACAUCAUUUCGCUUCUCUCUCUGUAAUUUACUGUGGGGAUGAUUUGAAAUAAAGGAAUUUAUUAUUAUUAUUAUUA